GCCCGAAGCAAAUCCAAAGUUGAGAAUUGGGACGCGUUUUGGAAAUAUCUAGGGUUCGCGAAAGUCAACGCGCUCGCGCGUGGAGGACUAAGAGCCGAACAUCAUUUUCACCUUUCAUUCAAAGCCCCAUAUCGUUUUCCGACCUCAAUAAAACAUCCUUGCGACCUGCCAUUUGACCCUUCUCCUCAUAAUGGACUACGUCUCAGUCCUACCCCAAGACAUUGACCUUUCAAGCUCACAUCAGUAUCUCCGUAUUCCACAUCCACGUACUGGAGAGGCACAACUCUAUCUUCCGUACACAACUGCUGCUGGCCAAGAUGUCGUCCUCGAAGCUGCCAAACUCAAUGGAUCACAACGGAGGACAUGGUUCAUUGGCGACUCCGGAAUAGAUGCCGGUGCUAUGCUUGUACAUUACCCCAUUGACCCAUUAUUCAUUGUUAUACCUCUUAUCCUAGCGCUUGUUCCUAAUGGGCCCCCUCCUCCAUUCCAGCCGCUUCAUGAUCUUCUUUCAGCCGCAUCAACGUCGACAUCUUUCGCCCUUCCCCUACCUUUUACUUCUGGUACAAAAGGCAAAUCGCCUAAUAGGUCGGAAGGCGUGAACGAGGACAUCGAGAGACUGUUAACACUGAAAAAUGUGAAAAGAGCGUUCAAGGCUUGCUGCGAAAAAAAAGUCAUCUCUACUGCCCCUCCAUCCCCGGAUCCUUCCUCUUCUCCGCAACCUCCCACCCAGAGCUUCUACAGGCCUUCACAAGAUUUGAUCAUCCAACAUCUCAAACGCAAGGCAGGAUUUUUUGCCGGACCAGAAGAGUUUGAAAAAUUUGAUCACCUUGUGCGAGGCCUGGGCAGAGAUGGGCUUUUGGAAAAAGAUAUCGAUGAGGAACUGUUGAGUUCGGCGAGGUUGAGAGCUGCAUGUGAUCACUUGGCCCAAUGGUUACCUGGCCCAGUCUUGUCAAAACUCGUAAAGUCAUACGACUUUGCUGCGCUCGAAGAACACCUCGCCUCUCGUUCAGCCGCAGCAUUCGCAGCCUCUCAAAUCACAACUUCCAACAACAAGAAAGAGGCCAAAGGCAUUAAGCGUAAAGCGCCGCCGGCAAGUAGGGGUGUUGAGUCGUUGAAAAAGGUUAACACCAACAAGAUGGCAAAAUUGACGUCUUUCUUCAAACCGAAGGAGAAGAAAUAAACGCUAGAUGGUCCGGAUAUAAUGGUUCUUGGGCGCUUUGUUACCCCUGUACUUUGCGUAUCAACAUUAAUUAUUAAUUGAGAAUGCCGGAGUAUAAUUAAAUGCUG